GUAUUUUUAUAAUUCUAAUUUAAAUUUUUUAUUGAAUAUUUUUAUUUUUGUAUUUAAAUUGUUUUAGAAAAAAAAAAAAAUUUAUCCUCCCGCAACCGUCCGCAACCGCAAACGCUAGCUGGAACCAGCUUUUGAAUGUAUGAGGUUUAGAGUGAUUUGGAGCGGUUUGGAGCGGCUUGAGCGAUUGUUGCAAAACGCCAACAACCGCUACCAACCGCAAAAGCUGCGUUUGCGGGUGGUAGCGGGAAAACCAGUCAUACCUUUAAUGUUUUGCUGAUUAUGUUAAUUUUUUUUUUUUAUAACUAGUCCUAUUUUUUAUUUAUUUCUUCUUACUUUUUAAUUUUAAAAAGAUAAUAUUAAUUUGACAAUAUUUUAUUUUUAUUUAAAAAAUAUAUUGAAUAUGAAAUAAACUUGGUUCUUGCCUCGUUAAAAACAAUCGUGUUUUUGUUUAAAAGCAAUCAUCGUUAAAAGCAAUCGUGUUUUUGUUUAAAACUAACCACAGAUUCGCGAAACGCGAGUAUCAUUACGACUUAAAACGCAAAGAGUUAAGACCAGCUAAAUAAUGCCGAUCAAUGGCUUGUUUUAGCCAUCUGGAGUUUUGAAAUGCUUUCAACGAGAUCUUUCCCAUUUUCAUAUGCUGCCGUAGUUACUCUCGAUUCUCCCAUCAUCCUCUUUGUUCGAUUCAGUGAUGGUUUUUCUCUGAAACAUACUCGACAGUAAUUAAUAUACAACUUCUCUCUUGUCAAAAAAAAAAAUACAACUUCUCACUUUUUGGGUUUUUUGUUUUUCUUUUCAGAGUUUCAAUUAUUUUUGUAAGAAAAUCUGCAGAACAUAAAAUUAAAGACGAACAUUUUCCACGUACUCAGUAUUCGUGUCGCGUAUGGACUUUAAUCUACAUAUAUAUACUGCCUCGUAAACCAAGAACCCAAACCUACAAAAAGUUAGUAGGGGUAUUAACGUAACUUCGUGAAAAGGAUUAUAAGCCACAGUCAUUUUCGAGGAAACUUAAAUGCUUAUGGAAAGACAUAAAGAAUAUAAAAAUAAAAAAUUAAACAUUUGUUCUCUUCCACUGUCUUGUCUAUAGUGUAAAGAGAGUAAAGAGAGAGAGACGACGUUACAGUACUCUCUCUCACACGAUCACGUUCACCGGUAAAAACAUCAGAACUCCGGUAAGAAAAACAACAAACCCUAAUGGAAGAUUCUAGAGCUUUUCCUUUAGACCCUCGAGCUCAAGAGUUUGUGCCACUAAACCCUAUCUCCUCCCGUUUUUACUUUCCCUACACUUCUCCGCCGCCGCCACCUUUUCCCACGCCUCCUCCGUCGUCGUACGGAUUAUCUCCGACGGUACCAAGAGUUUUCACGUUCUUUAAUCUCCCACCACAUCCGAUGAUGUUUUCUCCUCCUCCUCCUCCACUACCACCACCACCGCGUCCGUAUUUUAACGGUGUCUCAGCCGUUCAACGGCUUCCUUUCCAGUCGAAGUCGCCGACGCGAUCUCUUUCUCUGAUCUCCGUACCGCGUGACGCCACCGAGUCUACGGUGAGACGCGACUUAGAGGUAUUCGGCGACGUGCGUGGCGUGCAAAUGGAGAGAAUCUCUGAAGGAAUCGUGACCGUCCAUUUCUACGAUCUCCGUGACGCUAAAAGAGCUGUUCGAGAGAUUUGUGGUAGACACAUGCAGCACCAAGCCAAGGUUGGUGGCAGUGGUAGCGUUUGGAGCUUGCCAUCUUCUUCUUCACCGGUGCGUGGGUUUGUUUCCGGUAGACCUGUGUGGGCUCAGUUUGUAGUUCAGGCUACAAGUGCGGUUCCUAACGGUUGCAACCAAGGAACGUUGGUGGUCUUUAACUUAAACCCUGAAGUCUCGUCCAUUGCUCUCAGACAGAUUUUCCAAGUUUACGGUCCCAUCAAAGAGUUGAGAGAGACACCGUACAAGAAACAUCAAAGAUUCGUUGAGUUUUACGAUGUAAGGGAUGCAGCGAAAGCGCUUGAUGGAAUUAACGGUGAAGAGAUUUGUGGGAAGGAAGUUGUAAUCGAAUAUAGCCGACCAGGUGGGAUUAAAAACAAGUUCAGGUCACUAAGGCAACCACAUGUACUGUUUCAACCACCACCUAUUCUAGCUCCUCCUAUGAGGCAGCCUCUUACUCUGAUGAAGGAUAAAAACAAGAAUGUGAGCCCUAAUAAUGGAGUUUCUGUUGUUGAAGCUUCUAUGGGUUCGUUGUGUAUCAAAGAUAAUGAGCAUAAUAAGAUCCGAGGAGCGGAGUCCGAAACAAAGAGCAAGAACGUGGCUAAGUGGGGGAAGAAAAGACAUAUGAAGAGCAUGGAACUAAGUCAGUUUCUUAUCAGUGAAGAAACCAUGGAUGAUCCAAGUUGCAGAGAUCCACGUACCACUUUGAUGAUCAAGAACAUACCAAACAAGUACAGCCAAAAGCUGCUGUUGAAUAUGCUGGAUAAUCACUGCGUUCACAUCAACGAAGCGAUCACCGAGGGGAAAGACGAACACGAAGCUCAUCAUCAACCAUUUUCUUCUUAUGAUUUCGUGUAUCUCCCGAUGGAUUUCAACAACAAGUGCAAUGUUGGUUAUGGGUUUGUGAACAUGACGUCUCCGGAGGCAGCUUGGAGGCUUUACAAGGCGUUUCAUCUUCAACGUUGGGAGGUUUUUAAUUCGCAGAAGAUUUGCCAAAUCACAUAUGCGAGAGUUCAGGGCUUGGAGGAUCUAAAGGAACACUUCAAGAGCGCCAAGUUCCCGUGCGAGGCUGAGCUUUACCUUCCGGUAGUUUUUACGCCUCCACGAGACGGCAAGCAGCUAACGGAACCUGUCUCUAUCAACAUCAACGGUUGCACCGGACUCGAUAGUAAACAUCUUGAGCCAAUGGACGGUCAAGAUCUCUCUGUGAGUGGAUCAUGUUGCGGUAGUGACCAUUAUAACAGUCAGGAAGAUGACUUUUCCAGCAGUAGCAUAGACGGUGGCUAGGGUUUAACGGUGGUAGGAGAGACAUCUUUCUAGAAACUGUGUUUGUAAUGUAAACCAUAAAAUGUAAGAAGUGUAAUUAGACAUCAUUUUGUUAAGUUUUUGUGCUUGGUAUGUUAUCUCAAUCUAACUUUAUUUGGUUCAUCAACAUUCAGUUUAUUAACAUCAAAAGUUCUAAACAGUGAUAGUUUGGGUGAAUGAGGUAAGUAGCAAUGAAUUUUAACUAAGUUCAGGCAGGUAAAUGAUUGAGUGGCGGUAUAUUUUUUUGACUACUUAAGUGGUGAUAUAUUUAAAAGAGUAUUUUGAGUUUUAAAUUUGUUUGCAUGCAUACCCGUAUUUAUUUUGUGUUAAUCUUUUUUUUCAUCUCUUGACUAGUUUGUGUUCCUUUAAGAACAUUUUGUUACAUUCUAUAAACUCGUCACAUAUAUGAAAUAUUUGUCACUUAAGCUAACCGUGAUUUAUGAAUGCGAAUUUUUUUUUUCAUUCUGAAAAAAACCAUGUCGAUCACAUUACCCAUUUGAAUGUUUUUUCUUAUAAAAAUCAGGAUUAUUUAUGGUAAACAACUUCAUAUUUCUCCAUUUUGUUUAAUUUUGAACGAAGGAUAAAGAAAUUCGUAAAUAUUUUGGAAUUAUA